AUGCCGUGGAGUAACCUCCUACCGUUCGUUGGUGUCUUGGUAGGCACUAGCCUCUUCUGCGUGAUCCGCGUCACGUAUCGUCAUCGUUCGCAUAUCAAUGACUUGCGCAAGCAGGGCUUCGUACGUCCCAGUCUUGAAAUCAAUUCCAUCCGGUGAUAGAGCUGACUCUUUGAUAGCCCAUGCCGAAGAAUUGGAGCUGGAUUACAGGUCACAUCCUAGUGCUUUACAAAUACCAAAAAAAAUUCCCCCCAUUAGCAAAUGUCGCUCUCGCAACACAAGAACUAUGUCGCAAGUUGCCAGACACGGAAAUGUUUCUAUUAGAUCUUUGGUCUGCUUUCCCUGCAUCACUGAUGGUGUUUGAUCCCGAAGCUGCGGUACUUGUAUCGCAGAAGUAUAAUCUUCCGAAGUCUGAUGCUAGUCUUGAGUUGCUUAAGCCGAUUGUGGGAGGUCAGAGCUUACUUAGUAUGAAUGGCAUGGAGUGGAAAACGUGGCGGGCUAGAUUGAAUCCUGGUUUUAACCCUACGACGUUGAUGCAACAUGUCCCAUAUAUUGUGGAUUGUAUGGAUGUGUUCUGUGAGAAAUUGAGAUGA